GUCAAAGUUCAAAACUGAAACGCAGCACGAGAAAGACCUGGCACAAUGUUGAGUCCACUGCACCUGUUCUACUGUGCAAGUCUGGUUGGUUUAUCCGCCAUUUCAGGCUUGUUGUUGUUGCUGUACCACUGUGCACCUGUCCUGUACUACCUGUGCACGGGGAUACUGCUGGGUUCAGUGGGAUACUGUCUGGUUCUGUACUUGGCGCCGAAGAGCAAAGUGAGUGGCGACGGCAAAGCUGUCUUCAUUACAGGCUGUGACAGUGGGUUCGGGUUUAAGCUGGCCAAACGCCUGGACUCGCUGGGCUUCACGGUGUUUGCUGGCUGUCUGCUGGCAGACAGUGGCGGGGAGGGGUCGAAGAAACUGCGGGCGGAGUGCUCGAGCAGGCUGAGUACUGUUCAGAUAGACGUGACUGAUGAUGGACAGGUGCAGGCCGCUGUACAACAGGUCAAAGAUCGACUGCCGACGGGGUCAAAGGGGCUCUACGCACUGGUGAACAAUGCAGGAAUCUGGCAGCCAGGUGAGGUGGAGUGGGCUAGCAUCGCCGCCUACCGACGUGUGAUGGAAGUGAACGCCUUCGGCCCAGUGCGGGUCACCAAGGCGUUCUUGCCGUUGAUUCGCCGAGCAAAAGGCCGAGUUGUGAACAUCACCAGUGAGGCAGGGCUCCACUCAGCCCCGGGAACUUCCCCGUACAGCAUGACCAAAGCCACUGUGGAAUUCUUCUCCGACGCCUUAAGGCAUGAGAUGCACAAAUGGGGUGUGAAAGUCGUGAUCGUGGAACCUGCUAGUUUCGGGCCGUCCACUGGUAUCACUGUGCCCGCUGUCUUCAACAAGCUAGCUACGGACCUGUGGGCCAAUAUGGAAGAGGACGUGAAGAAGGACUACGGAAAAGAGUACUUUGACUACCAUAUCGAGCGGCUCCGGGCCUGCACACAGGGAGAACGCAAGGACAACACACCUGUCAUAGACGUACGUCCGUAA